AUAUUCAUGUGACAGACAUGGACAAAUCAAAACCAUGAAAAAAUCAAAACCAGUCAUACCUCAUUUAAACACUGCCCAAACCCAGGAGCGUUAUUCUGAACGCUGAGCUAAUUAACAGAGAGCCCAGGUGUCUGUGUUCCUGACAAACAUGUCUCUGAUUAGCCUGCUCCUAGCACACACCGCCACGGUGUCUCUGGCUUUAGUUUUAACUGGUUUUAUGUUUUUAUACUUUUACUCGAAAUCCUCCAAGUCGUCUAAUUACAACUUCCCCCCCGGCCCGCCGGCUCUACCUGUUAUUGGGAACCUGAACAUUUUGGACCUGCACCGGCCGUACAAAACGCUGAGUAAGCUCUCUGAGACGUACGGCAAUGUGUUCACCUUCCACAUGGGUCCCAAGAAGUACGUGGUUUUGACAGGCUAUGAGGCGGUCAAGGAGGCUCUAGUAACCCAAGCAGACGACUUCUCAGAGAGAGGCCAGACGCACAUUACAAACCGUGCAUCUAGAGGCGGGAAUGGUAUUCUCUUCGGUAAAGGGGAGUCCUGGAAGGUGAUGCGUCGAUUCACCCUCUCCACUCUGCGGGACUUUGGGAUGGGGAAGAAGACCAUUGAGGACCGGAUCAUCGAGGAGUCCCAGAGACUGGUGGAGGUCUUCCAGUCCCACAAAGGAAAACCCUUUGACCCCCAAAUCAUCAUCAACUCUGCUGUCUCCAACAUCAUCUGCUCCAUCGUGUUCGGAGACCGCUUCGACUACGGUGACACACAGUUCCUGAAUCUGCAAAGAAUUGUGAACGAGAGCGUCAGGCUGGGUGUGAGCCCCAAGACACAGCUGUAUAACAUGUUUCCUUUCCUGGGCUUCUUCCUGUCCGAUCACAAGAAGCUUCGUAGAAACGGAAAAAUGUUCCAGGGAUACUUUAGAAACACAUAUAAGGAUUGUAAAGACAGUGUGGACAGCAAUGACCUGAGGAGCUUCAUCGACACAUUCAUCUCCAGGCAGAGAGAAGAGGAGGCCAGAAACUCCAACAAGUAUUUCCACGAGGAUAACAUGGCCAUCACAUCGGCGAACCUGUUUGCUGCAGGGACUGAGACCACCUCUACCACCCUGCGCUGGGGGCUGCUGCUCAUGAUGAAGUACCCCCACAUUCAGGACAAAGUCCAGGAGGAGAUUGAGAGUGUGAUUGGGAGGGAGCGCCCCCCGCAGGCCGAGGACAGGAAGAGCAUGCCCUAUGUGGACGCCGUGCUGCACGAGAUCCAGAGAGUGGGCAACGUGGUGCCCAUGAACCUGCUGCAUGAGACCAGAGUGGACACAACCUUCCGGGGGUACAGGAUACCCAAGGGUACCCCGGUGAUCCCGCUGCUCUCCUCCGUGCUCUCUGAUAAGACACAGUGGGAUACCCCUCACCAAUUCAACCCCAACCACUUCCUGGACGCGCAGGGCAAGUUUGUCAAGAGAGACGCCUUCAUGCCCUUCUCAGCAGGUCGGAGGGUGUGUCUUGGAGAGACCCUUGCCAAGAUGGAGCUCUUCCUCUUCUUCACCAUGCUCCUGCAGAAGUUUCACUUCCGCCCGCCCCAGGAGGUCAGCCCUGAGCAACUGGACCUCACCCCCACUCCUGGCGUCACCUCCAGCCCCCAGCCCUUCCAACUAUGCGCCCUGAGCCACUGAGAAACCCUGUGAUACUGCGACCCUGCCUUACUGCAUCUGCUAGACCUUACUACAGCCACUGACCCCUCACACUGGACCCUAUUGAAAUUAGGGCGUCAGUCGAUUGAAAUUUUUGAUGUUUAAAUGAUUCAGUACCGUCGGCCAAUCAGCUUCCAGUUAUAGCGGGCUCUAAUAGACGGUUGAUGCCCGCUGGAACGUCUCAGCACCAACUGUGAAUCAAAUUUAAAAUCAAUCUGCACAAGUGCUGGCUUUUUACUUUUUGACUUGCUGUAUUUAAGCAUAGUUCACAUCUAUUGGACAGUAAAUACUAAACAAAGACACAAUUGGUAAAAAUGUAUUUUAUUAUCCACCAAAACCAGCCAAUCAAUACUUUGCAUCAACGAAAGCAACCAAUCCUGGACCUGCAACUGCCGAGAGCCAAUCACAGAUGGUCAUCUCGACUAGAGCACAGACACAGCAAAUUUCGAAAACAACAAAGCGAGACGCGGACAGUUCAGUAAUAUUGCCCCAUUCACAUAUAGAUUCAGGAGAGAAAGGCUUUGGCUGAAGGUAGAAACAUGGUGAGUUAGGAGGCAUUUUAGAGUGGUAUUUAAUGAGAGAUUUUAUUGGUAGUUCAGACUCCAUCAUACACGGACUGUUCAGUAAUUGCUCCGUUCAUUCCUCUGGCAAUGUCCAGAUUAUAAAUAGUGGUUUAAAACCUUAAGUUAAAAAAUAAAAAUCGAUUUACUAAAUAAAAACAAAUUGUUUUUCUCUUUAUAUGUAUUGAAUCAGUACAAGUUCAAAGUAAAUCUAGGUUUUAAGGUGUUUUUUUUUUUUAAAGAAAACAAUGGUAAAAAUAAUUUUCUAAUAGCGAUAGUGCCCUCUCGAUGAUGGCUCUACUGUGUGAUAGUUGACCUUGACUUUUGUUAGCACCCUCGCCUUCGGUUCGGGACGCAUCCCCACCGUGGUCGACUAUCACACGAUAGAGCCAUCGACGGGCACUAUUGCUUAAUUAGUUGAUUAAUCGGUAGAUAAAGGUAAGAACAUUAUAGCGGCUGUCCUGCAUAGUAAUUAAUAUAAAAAAAAAUUGUAUCUUUAAAAAAAAUAACAAUAAAUAAGCCCAAUGGGAAAUUUGGUCUUUUUAAAAGCAUUUUUAUUAUUUUUUAUUGUAGUUAAUGUAACACAUUUUCACAGCACAUCGGUUGUUUCCAUAGCUACGUACUUCCUUCUUGUACUUCUGCAUCUAGCAGAACCUGAGGCAGGAAGAGAUGAAGCUGUUUGCAAUCUUGUUACAGGUACCCGAGAACACUGUGGCUAUUGAGAAGCGAUUGCUUAACAUGCUGUCGUAGUCAGAGAUCAGAGAAAGCAAUUCCACAUAAUUACCUCUAUUUCAAGAAUUGGUUCUUGAAAAUGGAUUCGUAACCAAGUCGACUACAAUGUCUCCAUUGUCUUAUGACAUUUUUUUUUUAAUUUGUAAAAAGCAAUUCGAAAUAUUACUUUUAAGUUCUCAAUAUAAUUCUCAAUAACUGUCUCUAUAAUAAGCAAUAUUCCACGAAAUUUAGCUUGCUUACACC